UUUCAAAACGGCGUUACUGUGCCUACUGUGAUAGGAAGAAAUCCCCCCCUCCCCAUUUUAUUUCUUCACUUUUAAGCAAGCCAGUUGAAGAAUAUGGAAGAGAACUAGCAAGCAACCUGCAGUAUCGAGCGCAUUUCUAUUCGAGCAUAAUCGUUUUGGGUUCUCCGGAUCUCAUGAUAUUGCCUCACGAAAAGUGGAAAUUUAAAGCUCCGCUGUCGCACAAAACGAAAUGCGGGUGGGGGUAGUUGGGUGUGAAGAGAACGAACGGACGUGGCAUCUCUUAAGAUUUGCGAGGCUUGUGGAUAAUCCGAUCGAAUCGGAAGGCUUCGCCUUCUAUUGCAGUUGUCAAGAUUAGCAAUAAUUGGUUACAUGUGAGGGAUCUUUGGGGGCUGGGACCUCCUCCCUUCUUCCAUUGAUGGGGCCUCUCGCUGUGCAUUUCGCCCCACAAUUCCGUUUGCGCUGCAGAGUUUAAGCACCGUAUCGCUUCGGACCUUAUCUUGUAUGAUAAGACAGUAAGAGAGCCGGGAAAAGCGGAGGGCUCUCAAAGAGCAGCUCCUUGAAGUCUUUGGCGGCGACGCUGGGGGUGUCUUUUAUUUUAGCCUGCCCAGGGACCUAUAGCUGACUGAAAGGACCGAGUUGGUACCUCCCUCUGCUCUCCUUAGAUAUUUGGUACGUUCCUCCUCUGAGCGCCAGAAGAGAGAGAGGGGGGAGAGAGAGAGAGAGAGAGAGGCUAGCGAAACCUGCAGCUUGAGUGCGAGCGUCUCUUUGGCGCUGCGGUACGGGGAGGAGAGUCGAGCUUUCAUUGUCCAUCUAGCGGGAAGACUUUCUUGCAGCGGAGCGGCAGCCGAGAGUUAUGGAGUACUCGAUGCAGGGAGAAGUAUGGAAAGCGCAGACCUUGAAGGAGCUGAUCGAGAUCCUGCAUCACUUGUUUGCCAGCGAUAAAGUCAAUGUGGCAGAAGUGCAAACUUUAAUGGAAUCUUAUGAGAGCAACCCAGAGGAGUGGACCAAAUAUGCCCAGUUUGACAAAUUCAGAUACACAAGAAAUCUUAUAGAUAAAGGAAAUGGAAAAUUCAAUCUGAUGAUCUUAUGCUGGGGAGAAGGCCAUGGCAGCAGUAUCCAUGAUCACACAGAUUCGCAUUGUUUUAUGAAGCUACUUCAAGGAAACCUAAAAGAAACUUUGUUUGAGUGGCCUGGCAAAAAAGGAGUUGGAGAGAUGCUUAAAAAAUCAGAAAGAGUGUUAAAAAGAAAUCAGUGUGCCUACAUUAAUGAUUCCAUUGGUUUGCAUCGUGUGGAGAACCCAAGCCAUACCGAAACAGCUGUUAGUCUCCACUUGUACAGUCCACCUUUUGAAAUCUGCCAGACCUUUGAUCAAAGAACUGGACACAAGCAAAAAGUUAAAAUGACAUUCUAUAGUCAGUUUGGAGAAAGGACUCCAUAUACUUCAGCAGUUUCUCAAGAAAACAACUGAAAAGCACAAAAUUUACUGAAUUAUAUAUUCUUUUAUUUUGUUAGAAAUUGUUUGAGCAAGAGCAGAAGAAUUAUGUGGCUAAUGCCAGUAACAAGCUGUAUCUUUAUGCAGGACUACAUAGCUGUCCUAUAUGAAAAACAGCUUUUUAGCUAUGAUUUCUUUCUCUCUUUCUUUCUCUCUGUCAUACAUAAACACUAAAGUGCAGAAUAUAGAAGAUUCUUGCAGACAACCAACAAAUAAGAACAUUGGGGGAGGGGCAGAAUGCCUCUGAUUAAUUCUACUUCUGAGACUGUGUACACAGACAUUGUACUUAGCAGGACUUCAGAAUGAAUAUGUACUACUUAAAUUACUUGUAUAUAACUUGUCAAACUCCACUCCGUGUUAACAUUAAUUCCUAUCUAGUAUAUACUUUAUGAUGCAAACAAUUCUUUUUAUCAUGCAUAUAAUAAUUUGUUGGAAUUUUAAUUGUGCAUUUUAAAAACUAACAUGUGCUAGUACUAUUUUUUUUUAGUAGGAGCAAUAAGGAAUAUCCUGUACAAUGUUUUAUUCAGAAAAAAAGGUCUGUGAUUAAGUUAAGGGUGAUGAAAGGGCUCAACUGUUAAUGUUUCAGUUGGAUGUAUUGUUAAAACCUGUCCAAUUACCUUAAUAAAACUGCUUUUUAGACACA